UUCCAGUCUCGUGCAUGGAGAGUUUGUUUAUAUUUAAGGUGUAUGGUUGAAGUUUUAAUAGAAAUCGAUCUAUACGUGAAAAUUCUCUUUUUAUGUAACAUUAUACAUGCUUAAAUCUUAGUAAAAUAAUAUGAAUUAAAGAUUCGUGUAAUAUAUAUCUUUAUUAUAAUAAAAGUAGCAGAAAUCCCUACAAGUAGAUCAUAUAUUAAUUUUUAAAAUAUUUUAAAAUGGCUCUUUAUUUCACACAAUAUAUUAAAAAGGGCACUUCCAACAUUUCUCAAUGUUGCAAAUAUAAACAAUUUCUCAACUCUAUUCUUUACAAUGCCAAAUUGCAAACUGUUGGAAGGUAUCAUUGUAAACCAUUAACAGUAUUAAAUGAUGAUGAAUAUAUGAUGAAAGAAUCAGUGGCAAAAUUUGCUCAAGAAAAAAUUAAACCUCUAGUUCGAAAAAUGGAUAAAGAAUCACAAAUGGAUCCUUCAAUUAUCAAGCAACUAUUUGAGCAUGGAUUGAUGGCAGUUGAUAUUGAAUCUGAAUAUGGAGGCACAAAUUCAACAUUUUUUUCUAGUAUUCUUGUAAUAGAACAAUUAGCCAAAGUAGAUCCUUCUGUCUCUGUUCUUUGUGAUGUUCAGAAUACAUUAAUUACUCAACUGUUUCGCAGAUUUGGAACUGAUGACCAAAAGAAUAAUUAUUUAACAAGAUUAUGUACAGAUAUGGUGGGCUCUUUUUGUUUAUCUGAAUCAGAAGCUGGAUCUGAUGCUUUUUCUUUGAAAACUCAAGCUGUUAAAGAUGGUUCUGAUUUCAUAAUUAAUGGAUCUAAGAUGUGGAUCAGUAAUGCAGAACAUGCUGGUGUAUUCCUUGUUAUGGCUAAUGCCAAACCAACUGAGGGUUAUAAAGGAAUAACUUGUUUUAUAGUGGAUAAAGGAACACCUGGUUUGUCAGUUGGAAAGAAAGAAGAUAAAUUGGGUUUAAGAGCAUCUAGUACGUGUGUAGUAAAUUUUGAUAAUGUCAGGAUUCCAGAAACAAAUAUACUUGGAAAAUUUGGUGAAGGAUAUAAAUAUGCUAUUUCUUUAUUAAAUGAAGGACGAAUAGGCAUUGCCUCUCAAGCAGUUGGAUUGGCACAAGGAUGCUUUGAUGAAGCAGUUGCUUAUACAUUUGAAAGAAAGCAGUUUGGUAAACGUCUGUUUGAUUUUCAAGCCAUGCAACAUCAGAUAUCACAUAUUGCAACUCAGAUUGAAGCAGCUCGUCUUCUGACCUAUAAUGCUGCACGAAUGAAAGAGGCAGGACAUUUACUUGUUAAAGAAGCAUCAAUGGCUAAAUAUUUUGCUUCAGAAGUUGCUAGUAUGACAACUACAAAAUGUGUGGAAUGGAUGGGAGGAGUUGGUUUUACCACAGAUUAUCCUGUAGAAAAAUAUUACAGAGACUGUAAAGCAGCAAGUAUAUAUGAAGGAGCAUCAAAUAUUCAACACAUACUGUGCAACUGCAUAUCCUCUGAGAGGAUUCAUAGACAGCAUUUUGCAAAUGCAAGUUUCACAGAGAUUCUGGGCCAGAGGCCAAAUCUUGAUAAACUUAUUGAACUUCUGAAAGUCACUAUAUAUAUAUAUAUAUUUUGUUUAUUUAAAUCAUAA